AUGGCUCCUAUUUGUACUGUAUUGGUGCAAAACUACUACUACUACUACUACUACUACUACUACUACUACUACUACUACUACUACUACUACUACUACUACUACUACUACUACUACUACUACUACUACUACUACUACUACUACUACUACUACCAUCCAGGGAUUAGACUGAAAAUCGCAAUCGAUGAACGGGAUUGGGCAGAGUUUGGAAGAAAAAUGACCGGGAACGUUGGUUUGCCAAGUGUUUGCACAGGCUGA